CAAAAGAACAAACUCGCUCUCAAAACAAAGGAAGACAGUCCUCGGCUGCAGAGGAAACAGGAAGCUGCCAGCCCUGCUCGAAGUCCAGCUGCGGGGGCUCAGGGACAGCAGGAUGGAGUCCGUGGCCCUGUACAGUUUCCAGGCCACAGAGAGCGACGAGCUGGCCUUCAACAAGGGGGACACACUCAAGAUCCUGAACAUGGAAGAUGACCAGAACUGGUACAAGGCAGAGCUCCGGGGUGCCGAAGGGUUUAUUCCCAAGAACUACAUCCGAAUCAAGCCCCACCCGUGGUACCUGGGCAGGAUUUCCCGGCAGCUGGCUGAAGAGAUUCUGAUGAAGCGGAACUACCUGGGAGCCUUCCUAAUCCGGGAGAGCGAGAGCUCCCCAGGGGAGUUCUCCAUCUCUGUGAACUACGGGGACCAGGUGCAGCACUUCAAGGUGCUGCGGGAGCCCUCGGGGAAGUACUUCCUAUGGGAGGAGAAGUUCAACUCCCUCAACGAGCUGGUCGACUUCUACCACACCACCACUAUCGCCAAGAAGCGCCAGGUCUUCCUGCGGGAUGAAGAGUCCCUGCUCAAGUCACCCCAGGCCUGCUUUGCCCAGGCCCAGUUUGACUUCAUGGCCCAGGACCCCUCACAGCUCAGCUUCCGCCGCGGUGACAUCAUCGAGGUCCUGGAGCAGCUGGACCCCCACUGGUGGCGAGGCCGGUUCUGCGGGCACAUUGGUUUCUUCCCAAGGAGCUACGUCCAGCCCGUGCACCUCUGACCGGAGUGCGGCCCAGGGGCAGGGUUGGAAGAACCGUCUGUCCACUGGGCUCUGAAGUCCAGAGAGAGACCACGGACACACCUGGGGCUCAGCCAAGGGCCUUGGACAGGAACAUGACCUCUAACUGCCCAGCCCAGCGCAGCCUCCACUGCUCCCCAUGAACUGGAACUGCCCCAGGUGCCCACAUCCAUGACGUUCACUACCCACCAGGCAACGGGAGUUCCUGGGGUUUCCCACUGGCCUCUUUCCAUUGGUUACCAGUUUUGUGACGUCUUAGGGUGGGCUGGCAGAGGCCCAGCCCACUUCCAUCAUCGAUGGCCCAUCCCCAGAGACGGAUGAGGGCCCCUGGGCUCCACCUAUUAGGGGCUCAAUCCAAGGAACCAUGGGCAUAGGUGGGUUCACCUUGGGUUGCCCCUCCCUCAAAAGGAUCCUUGAGGGUUCUGGCUACCGGGGAGGUGGCUUUGAUAUAUGGGACAGGCAAGGGCGCUGAGGACCUGUUGACCCGCACUCACUUUCAGACUCCAGCGGAGACUUUUCCAUGGCCCCACAAUAACGGCUCCACGGGGCAUCCAACACCUUCACCCCACCACAGACACUUUGGGGAGGGGCUGGAGGCCCUGAGGAGGGGCUGUAGUGGUGACAGAGAUGGAAGCAGCUGCUCCUCUCGAGUGGAUGAGCCCUGAGGGGACCUCAGACGCUGCCACCUGAGAGGCUCGGUUAAGGCCCAGGCUCUGCCCCAGCCCCGGGGAGCUUGGGGAGCUGCAGGCCCGGUGGGAGUUGGACCUGAAGUCCAGCAGCAUCCAGAAUGGGGUGGGCAGUCUGGGUGGGGCUCUAGCUUGAGAAAAGACAGGGUGUCCUCAUGGAAUGUGCACCCAGCAGGGGUUACUGAGCAGCACCUGCCCGGAGUCCGGGCCCUUUGGGGAGCAGGAAGAGUGAGGGGAAGUGGGAAACGGCUCUGGUGCCCGGCUGGUGGGGGG